GAAAGAAUAAAGAACAACAUGUUAGAGAUUAAGCAUAUUUUUGAUGACAGCAUCGAGGUUGUGUCAGAUCUGACUCAAAGAGAAGAUGAUGAUGAAAGAUGGGAAGCAGAAAGAGAACUAGAUAAAUCUAUAAGGAUUAUGAAAAAUAUUUACAUGAUCCAGAAAGAGUUUCUAGUGUUUGAAGGAAGUGACAUAACAAUUUAUGAAUGGUUUAGCAACACCUUCAUGCUAGUUGUUGAGAGAAGGUUUAUAAUUAAUCAACCCAAUGAUCCAGAGGACCUUCUCAAGCUCCUCAAUAAACAAGCUAGCAAGACCUUCCCCAUGCAUAUAAGCUGGAAUCCCAUCCCUCAUAACCCCCAAAGACCAUCCAAAUUCUCUGUCACUCUCAAAGCAUGGUACCACUUCCAAAAACCCUGGAGCGAGGCUCAACAAGGCUCCUGCUGCUCUGCUGCCCAAUACAUCCACUUGAUCCCUAUCAUAAAGCACUUGGCUCGGAAGUUUGAGUCUAUUUGGCGUAGUGCCGACCAGUACUCCUCUCUAAGCUCAAAUGACUUCUUCAAUUCAGAAGGAAUUUACCAGUUAAUAAAUUAA